UAUUCUUUCUAAAGAGUAAAAUGGGUGAUCAUCAAAUAGUUAUUGAUCGUCUAACACCAAACGCGACUUCAACUGAAUCAACUCAUGAACGAAGGAAACCUUCCUGUCAUCUCCUUUCUAGAGAAAAUUCAAACCUUUAUCUCAACAACUGUGUGCCUCUAUAUAAGGCUGCAUUAAAAGGUGACUGGACAAAUGCCAAAAAAUUGUUAGAAAAAGAUCCAACCAUGUUGUCUGCCAGUAUCACAAAGGGACAAGAAACUGUUCUUCAUAUUGCGGCAGGAGCCAAACAAACCCGCUUUGUAGAGGAGCUGAUAAAGUCGAUGCAACCAGAAGACCUGACUUUGUCAGACCAAAAUGGAAGCACGGCCUUCUGUUGUGCCGCUGCAGCCGGAGCUACUGAAAUUGCUAGGAUUAUGUUGAAGAAGAAUCCCAGUCUUUUAGCAAUCCGAGGUAGUGAAAAUAUGAUGCCUGUGUUUUUGGCUGCUCUGUUAGCACAAGGGGAGAUGUCAUCUUUUUUAUAUGAUGAAUUAUCUCAAGCGCAACAUGUUUUCAAUUGGGACGACAAAGUUGCUCUAUUUUUCACUUGUCUCACCAAUGGUUUAUAUGAUCUCGCAUUAAAAAUGUUGAAGGAUGGUCCAGAUUUAGCUUUGGCUCGUGAUCGAAAUUGUGAGACUGCCUUACAUGAUUUGGCUCGAAAACCUUCAAUAUUUCCUAACAAAAAUCAAGGUCCAUUCAAGAGGCUUAUCAACUCAUUCCUACGAUUAAUGAAGUUGAAUCACAACAAGGAUUUCCAAUCAACUCAAGCUCUUGAAUUAGUCAAAUGCCUGUGGGAAGAAACAUUAAAACAAGAUGACUUGGAGCUAGCAAACCUAACCCAAACGCCUUCAAGAAUUGUGUUUGAGGCAGCUAAAUUUGGAAAUUCCCAAUUUUUGGCUGAGCUCAUUCACCGUUAUCCUGAUGUGAUAUAUCAUUUUGAUGAAAAUGAUUACAGUAUAUUUCAUAUUGCAGUUUUACACCGUCAUGCCGAUGUGUUCAAUCUAAUAUAUGAGAUAGGUUUAUCUAAGGAUUUGUUCAUAACUUGUGAAGAUAAGGAUCAACAUAACAAUAUGUUGCAUUUGGCUGCAAAAUUACCACAUCCAAGUCGAAUUUGUGUUGUAUCAGGAGCAGCUCUACAAAUGCAGCGAGAAUUGGUAUGGUUUAAGGGGAUAGAAAAAAUAGUGAAACCUUCCUUCCGAGGAAAGAAAAACUCAAAUGGCCAAACACCGAAAGAGUUAUUUACUGAGGAGCACAAAGAGUUAUUGAAAAGAGGAGAACAAUGGAUGAAGGAUACUGCUAAAUCAUGUAUGCUUGUUGCAACAAUCAUUACCACUGUAAUUUUUGAAGCGGUUUUUAGUGUACCAGGUGGUAACGAUAGUAGUAAAGGAUUACCUAUUCAUCUGAAAGAGACAUGGUUUCAGGUUUUUGUCAUAUCAGAUGCAAUCGCAUUGUCCUUUUCUUCUAUCUCAAUCUUGAUAUUUUUGUCGAUCCUUACAUCGCGGUAUACUGAAGACGAUUUUCUCGAGUCAUUACCAUUUAAAUUGAUGGUUGGAUUCUCUACACUCUUUGUAUCCAUAAUCACCAUGAUGGUAGCUUUUAGUGCAACCCUUUUAUUAGCUUAUCAUGAUAGCAUAAAUUGUGUCACCAUGCUUACUAGUGUAGUUGCAUUUGUACCAACCACUCUAUAUGUUCUGUUGCAGUAUCCUAUUUUUGGAGAUAUAUUUUGUUCAACAUACCAUUCUAGGUUUUUGUUUAAACCAAGUGAUCCCAUGUUCUGAUUUGCAUGAAUUUGAAAGUUUAUUGU